AUGGUAAGCAUCGGUAAAUCUGGUGCUUUCCGCGGACCUCUUGCUAGUAGCCAGCCGUCGACGUCGUCGGUGAUAGGCAGACCGCGCAUCGAACCAUACAAACAGGCCUUGACUGCUCUGGCUGAACGCACACGCGCGCCCUUGCCGUCUCUCGCCCUCUCAUUCGCCCUCCUCCAUGAGCUCACUGCCGUCGUGCCGUUCGUGGCCUUCUUCUACGCCGCACGGACCCUCCGCGCUGGCGAGCGGGUGAUCCUAUCUUAUCCCGAGAAGUUCACCGGGGAUCCCUCGAACAUCGAGUUCAAGUACCCGGAGCAGGGGUUUUGGGGACGGGUCCGGAGGGAGUGGUGGAUAGAGGGUCGGCUCUGGGCGGACCGAAUGGGGAGGCGAUAUGGUCUCUUUGGGUUGUCGCGGCACGCGGACGGUGAGCUCGACUCUCGGUCGCGAGAAAUAUCUUCCGUGCAGAGCGCUGCGCCGGAUAUCGCCAACGCCGUCUUUGCCUAUUUCCUGACCAAGGCGAUACUGCCCGUUCGUCUAGGGCUGUCCAUGUACUGGUCUCCCGCAUUCUCCAGGAGCGUGAUAGAGCGUGCUAGAACAUCGCUCGUGCAAGCUCUUCGCCACAAGCCGCGCUGACAGAACCCAUGUCAGGGUCUGCCCUAAUCUGCUCAAAACCGGAGACCGGCAUGCAUCGGAGGAUCCCCACCUUGGUUCAAUCCGAGUGGCCAUAUAUUGACAGUUGACGUUGGCGACCGACGAAUGUACGCGCCGUCUCUUGAUGUCUCGCUCCAGAAAUGCGGACAGGAAGCUGCCAAAGCCCACCCUCAGAUCCCGAGGCCGAGCAGGGCAUCGCAGGGCAUCUCCUAGGAGCCAGUGCCAUAUGUAACGACAAUCUUUGAUGGCAUUUACGAUGUCGCCGUGCCCAUUUGGUGUAUAGUUUACCCCCGAUACGUACUGUCCGUUACUUUGUAAGGCUACCGCGUUGUAAGCGUACUUUCUCGGCGUGUACUGUAGCAUACGACUCUACACAAUUGAUGUGGUUCUGCGCGUGCU